AUGAGAAAUAAUCUGUAUACUAAAAUUGCGGGAAAUGAUGUGAGGGGUGUCAUGUUUUUAAACGUUUAUACGGGAAUAGAUCGUUUAGUUUGCGGGUUACGUUGUUCUCAAUUAACAGAAUGCCGUAGUUUUAGUUAUAAACAGCAAAAUAAAGCGUGUCUUCUUUAUGACAAACGUCUCCAUGACUUUGGGACUUAUUUGACGGAGAUUGAAGAUUUUGAUUAUUACACUGAGAUACAGAGUACAGUUAAAGACGGAGAUUGGGAGUUGGUAUUUCGCGGGGAAAGUGGAAACGGUAAGAAAAUUUUAGACGUGUGGGAUUCCACGGAUGGAGACGAUCCUAGAACCGCCAACCCACACUGUUUUUCUAUCAUAAAGUAUCAUCUUCCUUGUGGCAACCAUUUCAAAACCAAAAGAAUGUUCGUGUGGUCUUUCUCUUCUAUUAACAAAGAACCACAGAAAUCUGGCGGAAAACGACAAGCCAAUCGUCGUUUUUACACAACAACGCAGAAUAAUUUGUAUAACUGUAACACGAAUUAUGGCUGGACAGUGAUUGUCGAUUCGGAGGGCAAUUUUUGUAACUUUGAUCAAGAUUAUGCAGAGCCGGCCUUCCUUUACAGUAGUACUGCAAAUAAAACAAUAUUUGAAACAGGUGCAUCAGAGGCGGAUGUAAUGGCUGUUUUUGUAUCAUUUGUAUAA